AUGCCGACAUCGGGCGCGCGACGGUCCCGAGUCGUCAUGCUGCUUAUUGGCAUCCUCGGCCACCCACCUGACGCGACGUCUGGCGGCCGACAUUGGACUGGCAGUAUCGUCGUCGUCGUCCGUCCGUCGUCUUAUUCUGCUUCUUCGGACCCGUCGUCUGGCCAGUACGGCGUCGUCCAAGUCGAGCUGGUUCGUGUGACGGCACAUGGCGGUAGUUUCCUUCGGUUCCAUUGCCGCACCGACGAGGGAGAGCUUCCGACGCCAUGCGGUUGCGUGGGCCCGCGUUCGCUGACGGACGGCGACGGGACCAUGGCGGCGGUGUCGGCGGGUGGCCUUGCGUCACCGUCCCCGAUGCGGUCAAUAAUUUGUGGCCGGGAAGCAGGGCCGACGCAACCAGUCUUCGCCACGGCAGAGCGGUGCCUCGACCUCUGCACCCACCGAGGUUCGGACGACAACGAGUCGUCCCCUGCGAUCCGGUACCUGUCAAGUGCCGGCGCGCCCACCGGCAAUCGAGCAGCCAAGGUCAACUGUGCCGGAAGCCACCCGACCCGAGGCCGCAACCGGAGCCUGGGCUCGACCAGGGAGCCACAGCCCAAGAACCCGGUAGCGCUGUGCGUUCGAGAACGGCCCGAGACAAAUCGCACUGGCCAAGUGUCGGAAGCCAGGUGUCCGUGA